AACUUUGUCCCCUUGUAAAGCCCCCUUGGUCGUGAUUUGCCCCCUUUGCGCCCUUGAUCAUGAUAGCUCUCAAUACGUGCGAGAUUACGGAUUCUACCAUUUCAAAUUUCUCCGCUACAAUUUAUUUUAUUUUAAUGUCCAAAGAGAUAACCCCCUGGCAAUCUUGAUCACCUGUCAAGUGUUACCUAGUAGGUAUUCGCUAUCUGACCACUGUUUAUCACACGUCCCAUGCCCGAUUAUACACAACAAGAGCGUCCUGCUCAAACAAUGUAGCACUGUCGGCACACCUAUAGCCAUAAACUACAAGAGAAUAGUCUCUUCACCGAUCUAUGGUCAAAUCCAGCCAAAAGAAAUACCCAAAAAACUACUGUAAUCAUGCAUACUAACGGUUGAAAAUAGAACAGCAAAUAAUCAUGAUAAGGGCAAAGUUGAUAGCCGCCACUGCGUAUGUGACUGAAGCUCCCAAAAUCGCAUGCGCACAGCAUCUGUGCUUCCCUAUCUCCCUCUACCCAAGCAGCAAAAGGGAAUAAGUGUAACUACGGUUUUCGACUUUAUACGGUUUGUGUAAGGUUAGAUUUCGAAUGGUGGAAGAAAUACCAAGUGAAGUUUUGACGUGAAACGCUAUUGCAAUAAGCUUAAAGGAGUUGUUUUUUAGAUGUCUCUGGACCGUUCAGAGGCUGAGUCGUGCGCGACGGGCGGCCUCGCGAGUUUACGCGGCCGAACUGAAACACGGUUUCAGAAGUGUUAUAUUUAAUGAGUAUUAAGUGGUUGUUUAGUGUACUAAUGAGAUGUUUGUGAUGGUUUUUGGGACUUAAUGGUUUUGAGGAGCGAUUGAUGUACCCAACGGCGGAUAAUUUCAUUAAAAGUGUAGCAAUCUAUUUAGUGGCCAAAUAAAUUACUUUUAUUGCGCGUCAUAAAUUACAGACAGCCGAUGUCAUAAAAAAGUGUGGGCCAUAACUGUCUGAUUUCGUUUAUCUGGAGCCACGUUUGUUUCUGAGAACUGUGCUGUGUUUGUGAUGUUGCGAGUGGCUGCCAUAAAAGGCGGCGUUGCCGAUAAUUCCAGUAGGGAUGGGGUGGGGCCAUAAAAUGGAGUUAUUUUCCUUCCGCGGAGACAAGAUGCUUCUGACGCUCUACUCCGCGCUGCUUCUCUGGAGAAUCGACUGCGUAGUCGAGAGCACCAAAGUAGUGAAAAGCAGCAUCCGCCACCAAACAACAUCACCGCUCAGUCGAGUGGGUCCGACGGUGUCGCUCCGUGAUGCAGAGCCCGACUUCACGGGGCCCAUUCAGAACGUCACCGUCGCUAUCGGGAGGGAGGCGGUGCUUACUUGCUCUGUGCGCGAUUUGGGAGAUUUUAAGGUGGCGUGGAUCCGCGCAGACGACCAGACCAUCCUAACGUUGCACACGCGGCUAGUCACUCACAGCUCGCGGUACGCGGUCACUAACGACUCUCCGGGGUCUUGGCAGCUGCACAUUCGACCUCUGAAGGUGGAGGACCGCGGUUGCUACAUGUGCCAGAUCAACACCAGCACGAUGAAGAAGAUGAUCGGAUGCGUCGAUGUAUUAGUUCCACCAAACAUCGUAGAUGAAGGCACCAGUGGCGAUCUAGUGGCGAGAGAGGGGGAAGAUGUGAGCCUCUCCUGCAUGGCCGAAGGUCGGCCUCACCCACGCAUACUGUGGCGAAGGGAAGACGGCACCAACAUUCAGCUGAGGGAUGAGACGGGGGAGCUACAUAAAGUGGACAUGUUCAUGGGUCCCAACCUCAACCUGACGAAGGUGGAGCGACGACAGAUGGGAGCGUAUCUCUGCAUCGCGUCCAAUGACGUCCCGCCUUCAGUAUCCAAGCGCAUCAUGCUUAAUGUUAAUUUUGCCCCUUCAAUAGUGGUGGCGACAAAGGUAAUAGGAGUGCCGACUGGGUCUCAAACGAGGCUGGAGUGCUUCGUCGAGGCCUACCCUCAGGCCAUAAACUAUUGGCUAAAGAGCGGCCAGGAAAUGAUACUUUCGGGAGGGAGACACAACCUCAGCGAUGACCGCGCUCUGCCGUACCAGACACGAAUGGUGCUCAACAUCUCAGACUUCAGAAGCGAAGAUGCCGGUACCUACACCUGUGUGUCUACCAAUACUAUGGGCAAAACGGAAGGCACUAUCAGACUUUAUGAAAUAAAAAUAACUACAACAUCAACCACGACGACGACAACAACAACAACGACGACAACGACAACUACAACAACGACGACGACUCCGCCGCCGACAACCACGGAAUACUUCCCGUCUCGAUACGUGGUACCUUUGCAGCCGGCGGAGCAAAAGCACACGCAAGCUCAAGACGCAACCACUUACGAUACAAUGCAAAAUGUCAUCGAGCAGUCCGUCCUCGACAACAAUUGGCUGCCGACUGCCGAGUCCACGGGCUCCAGAGCCCACCAGGCCCUGCCGCUGCCGACCCUGGCCGCCUUCAUAGCGCUUCCCCACUUCAACUGUAUUAUACAUAGUAGUCUCCAAAUAUUAUACACAAUACUCUCUAAAACUAACGUGCAACACAACGCAAGAUGAUAAGGUUAAUAGCCGUUGGGAAAUCAGUGUCAAUUUUACAUUUUACAAUUUAGAUAGUUGUUAUUUAGAUAAUAUCUGGAGAAUACAUGAAUUGAUUGUGGAUAUUAGUGUUUCUGUUUGGUUGUCAUUUGCAAACAAUUUUGAAAUUCCAGUAAUAACCAGUAUAAGGUAAACGUCCCAGUGCUCGACAUGCUAAUGCCCAAAUAACACUCUGCUGUCACCUCUAUUUCUAGGUACUUGUAUUGGGACAGUGACGAGCAUCAGGCCGUCUACCUAACUGUUAUUUAACAAUACAAAACACUUCAUGAGAAUUCAUAGUAAUUGAAAUUCAUUGAAAAUCAGGUUUGGCAAAAGUAUCUACCGUAUACCUUAACUUCACCGUUGGUGUCCAACUUCGCCCAAGUAAAAUAUUAUAAUAAUAAUUACACAAAGAAAUAAAUAUCCAAAUAAAAAUACAAAAUAAAAAUUAUUCAAGAGUAAAAUAACUUACUUUGCGCACCUUUAAAAGCUCCAUUUACCUUGAAAUCAAACUACAGGAUAAUAAAAUUACUUGGUUUAUUUUAAAAUAUCAAUUCCACUAACAUAAUAUGAAUAAAAAAUAUGUUACCUACGCUUAAAUUACUUAUGGACAAGUAAUUUAAGCAUAUAAUACUGUUGGCUGCCCGUUGCCGGGCAUGUAUUCGUAAUAGUAAUAAUAAAUAUCAGUGUUUACUUUUAGCAACAGAAAAACUUAUGACGGCUAUGUAAGUUUAAGAUUAAAAUGUUCCUUAAACCAAAUCCAAAGAGUUAAUUAAAAAGAAUGUAAUUACCCAGUUGUCACUGCAAGUGACAGUUAAUCAGCUGUUCGUUUCGGGCCAAUUAAAUUUCUUGCGGCGUGCAUCAGCAUUUUAAACAAGUAACAGUUAAAAUUACUCUCAAUUAUGGUUAAAAUUAUUUAAGAUAAACUUAAGAAUAUUAUAUAAAUACAGAUUUAUUCGUCGAAUGGAGUUCACGUAUCCAUCAGGUUUAGGUCGUCUCAAAUAGUUUUAACCAUACAAUUAAUUACCUUUUACCUUUUCUCAAACUUGUAAAUCAUGACUUACUUCAAAUUUGGUCCGGAAAUACUACGUAUCCGGUGCGAUGAGCGAAGAUAUGUAAAGCUAUUUAAUACAGAAUUUGUAAAGCAACCUCCUUUUGUUUUUUAAUGCCAAAUUGUGACAACGUCUUGGCAUUCAAUUAUCAAAUAGUAGAUUCAUAAUUAAUUUUUAUCUGUGUAAACCUAGGAAUAAAACAAAUUUACAACAUUUUUUUAUUAUUGCAAGUUUGAAAAAAUCACUAUACAAAUCUUGACGCGAAACGGGGUUGCUGGCCGCGUAUCCUUAUCCUAUCCGUCUGUAUCUACUUGGCCUGCAACCCGUCGUUUCCCGGCCUUUAUAGUAAUGUACUAAUUACUAAACUGUAUAAAAAUAAAUAUUUUCCAUAAUGAAAUAUGAAAAGCUAGUCAGUUUUUACCUAAGCAUAUCAAUAACAAUGUAUAAAUCAAUGAUACAUAAAAUAUUGUUAAUGUACAUAAUAAUAUAUAAAUAAUUAAUAUACUUUAAUGUUUUUUUUUUUUGAAUGAAGCAAUGUUGCAAAUUUGUUUUCAUUUAUUUACUGUAUAUUUGCAACGUUAUUUAAAUAUUAAUUAUAUAGGCGGGAUUAACUAUUGUUUACCAAUUAAUUACAUACUAAAAAAUUACAGACUUCAAAAGCAUAUUCUACUUUGCAAUUAAUGAGCAAAUAAAUUGGAAAUAUAUCUCAAUAUUGGUGUUCGAAUAUGUCCAUUAAUGUGCGAACUAAUAUGUUUUCUAUUUAAGUUAAUAAAACAAUAACUGUUUUGAAUUUCGGCUUGUCAUGUUUGUAAGCGUUAUUUAGUUUUAGGGAAAUGUUAUGUAAAUAUUGCAAGCUUAGAAUUACAUUUUAUUACAUUAUAGUCUAGGCCAGUAUUACUUUAGAGUAAGUUUAUAAAAUAAGCUAAGAAUGUAAAUAGUAAUAUGAUUAAAACCAAUUUGUAAA